UCAACAUACUUUACCAGUACCAGUAGACAGGCACCUGUUGAAUAACUUGAAUAAUUCAAUUAAAUAGUGGCUUAUCGUUGUUUUUUAUGUUCUAAAUAAAGUGUUUAAUCGGUUUAUAGAACUUAAAACAAAAAUAAAUUGUUGUCGAAGUGCGGCUUAUUAGUUUUUUAUUUGUUGUUACAAGUAGAUCAAACGGACCGUUUCACAUGAAUAAGUAAUUUUUGUGUUUAUUAAAAAGUGUGUGAAAUGUCAGGAAAUUGAGGCUAGUCAGGAAUAAUCAUUAGUUGCGAGCAUACAUUAUGAACCUAAGCCAGAUCCAGGCUAUCAGAGAAGAAACAAUAUGAGUCAAAGAGAUGAAGUUCAAAAGUUCGAACAGGGCCGUAUUCGAGUCCUCCAAGAAGAACGUCUUCACAUCCAGAAGAAAACCUUUACCAAAUGGAUGAAUUCAUUUUUACAGAAGGCCCGAAUGGAGGUCGAAGAUUUAUUCGUCGACUUGGCAGACGGCAAAAAACUAUUGAAACUUCUGGAGAUAAUAUCUGGAGAAAAGUUAGCCAAACCAAAUAAUGGAAGAAUGCGAGUACAUAAAAUCGAAAACGUCAACAAAAGUUUGGCUUUUUUACACACAAAAGUUCGCCUGGAAAGUAUUGGUGCCGAAGAUAUUGUUGACGGAAAUCCCAGGUUAAUUUUAGGUUUAAUAUGGACCAUCAUUUUAAGGUUUCAAAUUCAAGAAAUUGAAAUACCAGAAGAUGAAGACAAUGAGAGUUCGGAAAAGAAAUCAGCCAAAGACGCCCUUCUAUUAUGGGCUCAACGUAAAACUCAUGGUUACCCAGAUGUUCAUAUAUCAGACUUUUCUUCUUCGUGGAGAAACGGCUUAGGUUUUAACGCGCUUAUACAUGCCCACCGACCGGACUUAUUUGAAUUCGAGUCUUUAAAACACAAUAAAAAUAUUGAUAACUUGAAUCAUGCCUUCGACAUUGCACAGAACGAAUUAGGCAUUCUAAGACUAUUAGACGCUGAAGACAUUGAUACUUCAAGACCUGAUGAGAAGAGUAUUAUGACUUACGUUGCAUCAUAUUAUCACACUUUUGCACGUAUGAAACAAGAAGAAAAAUCUGGAAGACGAAUAGCUAAAAUUAUUAAACAGAUGAUCGACUCUGACAAACUGAAACUCACCUACGACAAGUUGACCACGGAUCUAUUGGACUGGAUUAAAUUAAAAAUUGUAGAAUUAGAGGACCGACAAUUUCCAAAUUCUUUAGAGGGCAUUCAAAAUCUAUUUAUACAAUUCGGUCACUACCGUAAUCAAGAGAAGCCUCCAAAAUACAUAGAACGAAGCGAAAUAGAGGCUUUAUUCUUUAACAUAAAUACUCAAUUAAAGGAACUUAGGCAACCAGCUUUUUACCCUUCUGACGGCAAACUAGUUCAGGAUAUCGAAAGAUCUUGGGAUACUUUAGAGAAAGCUGAACAUAGCAGAGAGGUAGCUCUUAGAGAGGAACUGAUGAGGCAGCAAAGGCUAGAUCAACUGAUGUAUAAAUUCGAGAAAAAAAGUAUUUUGCGUGAAGGGUACCUGAAAGAGAUGAUUCAAGUUUUAUCAGAUCCUCGGUAUGGUUCCAAUUUGGUGCAAGUGGAUGCUACCUUGAAAAAGCACGAGGCCAUCAGUGCUGAUAUAUUAGCAAGAGAAGAACGUAUUCAUGACUUAUCUCAUAUGGCACAAGAGCUUAUUAAUGAGAAUUAUCGAAAUUCUGAUAGAGUCCAAAAACGAGAAAGCGAAAUUAUAAAACAGUGGGAAGAACUCAAAGCACUCUUAGAAAAACACAAACUCAACCUCAACAAAAUGGGAAGCAUUAUGUCGAUCAUACGGGAAAUAGAUUCGGUUCUUACCAGUACAGAACAGCUGAGAAUAGAUCUCUCUUCUACAGAUACUGGGGCACAUUUGGUAGCCGUUGAGGAAUUACUACAUAAACAUGCGUUGCAAAAUCUAAUGGUUACGUCCUUAGAAGAAAAGGAAAGUUGGUUAAAUAGAGUUGGUCAUCAAACAGCUCAAGGAAAUCCUAAAGGAGACGAGGUAUUAAAGAAACUUAAAGAACUUGGAAAAGUGUGUGAGGAGAUUAGGGAAUUGAGUGCCAAAAGAAAAGCGUUACUAGAAGAAGCUAGAAACUUUUACCAAUUCUUACAAGAUCAAGAAGAUGAAGAAGCUUGGUUAAUUGAGAAACAACGAAUAUGCCAAGCUGGAAUUAUGGCAAAAGAUUUACGAGGUGUGCUUUCCUUACAGCAGAAACAUAAGGUGCUUAUGGAUGAAAUAAAAACAAGAAAGAACAAAUUUGAUCAAUUGGGAGCAACUAGUAAGCAGUUAAUAUCAGAUAAUCAUCCUAGAUCUUUAGAAAUCCAGCAACAUGUGGAUAAAAAUAAGAAGAAUUGGGAACUACUGGAUAAAUUGGCAAAAGAACGGGCCAAGCAACUACAAGAUGCAGCUGAAGCAUACCAGUUUUAUGCAGAUGCAAACGAAGCUGAGUCUUGGUUGAAUGAAAAAUUAGCUCUUGUUACUUCGGAUGAUUAUGGUACGGACGAACUCAGUGCCAAAGCUUUGUUGCAAAGACACAAAGUGUUGGAUGAAGAAAUCAAUGCAUAUCAUGGAGACAUUUAUAGUCUGAAUGGUCAAGCUGAUCGACUCGUAGCCUCUGGAAUAUCCACUUUGGAUUUAAAUAAUGAACCUGAAGUUAAUGAACCAAUAGAAGACGUCCAAUAUGAAAAUAGGAUGGUGCCAACUGAGGUGUGGGUCGACGAGCCCGUAGAAAAAACGGAAUAUAAGGUAAUCACCGAAGAAAAGAAAGUUCCUCAGGUAAAGGCUUUGUAUCCGUUCAACGACCACGGUUUAUCUAUGGUCAAAAAUGAAGUGAUGUUCUUGUUAAACAAAAGCAAUCCAGAUUGGUGGUGUGUACGCAAAGCAGAUGGUACUGAUGGUUUUGCUCCUGCAAAUUAUGUUGAAGAAAUUGAACCAAGAAUUAUUCUUGUUAAUAUCAGAAAACCAGAGGUCGUAAAAUCUGUUCAAAAAGUCAAAAAGACAAAAUUGGUUAAUACUAAAGUUCCAGUCAAGGUUCUAAGACAGCUACCUCGAGCACAAAAAAGAAAAGUUGACGAUACGGACAGUGUACCUAAGAGACAAAAGACUAUCAACGAUUCUUAUGCACAGCUUCAAGAUUUGGCAGCUAAGAGGCAAGCUUUAUUAGCAGAUGCGGUAAAGUUAUUUACCUUUUACAAAGAGUGUGAUGAUUUUGAAAAGUGGAUUAAAGACAAAGAACAACUUUUGGCUAACGAUGAUCCGAACGACAGUAUUGAACAAGCAAAGAGAAAAUAUGAGAAAUUCCUCACGGAUUUAUCUGCGAGUCAAAAGAGAAUGGAUGCUUUGGAUGCCGAUGUUAAAGUUUUUGUAAAUCAAAACCAUUCUCAAAUAGACAAAGUCAAAAUUCGACAUAGACAAAUCCAGGCAGCUUGGCAGAAACUUAACACACUUAAAGCUCAAAAAGAAAAGAGUCUGGAAGGUGCCAGUAGUGUAGAACUAUUCAAUAAAAUUUGCGAGGAAACGAAAGAUUGGAUGUUAGAAAAGAUGGAACAGCUAGAUACUGCAGUUUUAGGACAUGAUUUAAAAACCAUUCAAGCUUUGCAAAGAAGACACGAUAAUUUAGAAAGAGAACUAUCGCCAAUCGAAGAAAAGGUCGAUAAAGUAAAUCUCCUGGGAAAUUCAGUUCAAAAAUCUUACCCCAACGAAAAAGCAAAUGUUAUUCAAAAACAAAAAGAUAUUGACGAUCUUUGGAAGAAGGUCAAAGACAAGGCUCUUGAAAGAAGAACUAGAAUUGAAGACGCUGUAGGACAACAAAUAUUUACCAACAGUUCCAAACAUUUGUUGAAUUGGGUAGCCGAUACUAAGAAGCAACUUAAUGCUGACAAUGUUGUACGAGAUGUUCAAACGGCAGAGGCACUUUUAAAAGCACAUCAAGAUCUUGCUGAAGAUAUUAAAGCUAAAAAUGAUGAAUUUAAACAAGUAACUGGUCUUGGAAAGAAACUUUUGAAAUCAAAUCCCAAUCUUCCUGAAGUACAAAGCGUUAUCGACAGACUUCUAGCUGAACAAGAAGCUAUCGCUAGAGGAUGGAAAGAGAAGGAUAUUUGGUUGCAGCAAUGUUUAGAACUCCAAAUAUUCAACAAAGAAGCUGAUAAUAUCGAUGCAGUUACGUCAGGCCAUCAAGCUUUCUUAGAAUUCGACGAACUUGGAAGCUCACUUGAUGAGGUUGAAGCUUUGCAUAAACAACAUAGGGCUUUCGCUAACACAUUAGCUGCUCAAGACGAUCGUCUGAACGCUUUCGCCAAAAAGGCUAACACUCUAAUCGCCAAACAGCAUUAUGACGCUGCAGGAAUCGCAGACCGCGUCCAGCAGGUACUUGAAAGAAGACAAGCAGUUAAAGAUGCCUCUCAAAAACGAGCAGAUGCUCUAGAUGCCUCCAAAAAUUACCAGGAAUUCUGCGCAGAAGUGUAUGAUCUACGAGCAUGGAUGGCGGAAAAAAUCAAAACAGCUUCCGAUGAAAAUUAUAGAGAUCUUUCUAAUUUAGAACGCAAAAUUCAGAAGCAUGAAGCAUUUGAACGCGAGCUGAGAUCAAAUGAAGGUCAGCUUAGAACGAUUAACAAAUUAGGAAUGGCGCUCAUUGCUCAAGACAGCUACAGGAAAAAUGAGGUGGGUAAAACUUUGAAAGAACUCAACGACGAGUGGCAGAGGUUAGUGGAUACUUCACUGCAAAAGGGUAGAAUGUUAAGGCAAGCUGUAACUCAACAUGAAUAUAACAAGAGUAUUGAAGAUGUAAAUAACAAACUGAACGAGAUUAAUGAAAAGAUGAAUAGUAAAAACGUUGGAAGUGAUCUAAGGUCCUGUCGUGAAUUAAUGAAACAUCAUGAUGCUCUAGAAAGUGACAUCGCUUUUUGCGCUACCCGUAUAGAAGAACUCCGUAGCCAAAGUCAAAAUUUACACGAGGAAGGGCAUUUUGACUCACCUGCUAUUAUAGAAAAUGUGGAAGCUAUCUUGAGAAAUCUACAAGAACUCAAUGCCCCAUCCCAAGACAAGCGUGCAAUUCUUGAAGAGUCAUUAGAAUUUCACAAGUUUGGUUUUUCAAUCGAUGCCGAACUGCAAUGGAUCAAGGAACAUCUACCUCUAGCCUCUUCACAAGAUUUGGGACAAAACUUACACCAAGCACAAAAUUUGUACAAGAAACAUAAGAAACUGGAAGCUGAAAUUAUUGGACAUCAACCAGUUAUAGACAAGACUCUUGAGACGGGUCAGGCAUUAAUUGAUAAAGAUCAUCCCGAGGAAAAACAGAUUCAGGUCUUAUGUAAUACUCUAGAGGAAGCUUGGCAGGAUCUUAAGGACAAAACUAAUGCAAGGGCGCAACAACUUAAUACUUCCCUUAAGGCCCAACAAUUCUUCUUCGAAAUAAAUGAAGUAGAAUCUUGGUUAAACGAAAAGGAUAAUGUAUUAGCAAGUACUGAUUUUGGAAGAGAUAGAGAUUCCGCAACUAAAUUAUUGUCCAAACAUAAGGCUUUAGAGUUAGAACUAGAUACGUAUAACAAUAUUAUAUCUGAAAUGGGUCAUGGAGCUCAAGCCAUGAUCAAAUCCGGUCAUCCAGAAUCGAAAUUAAUUGCCGAAAGACAAACAGCUAUUGAACACUUGGCCCGAGCUAUUCAAAGAAAAGCAGUUACUCGUCAGCAAAAACUAAUGGAAUCUCUAUUUAGACAUGAGUAUUUCGUUGAGUCAGAAGAACUCGAAAGUUGGAUUGCUGAAAAUCUCCAACAGGCUUCGUCAGAAGAUUAUGGUCAGGAUUAUGAACAUUUAUUGCAAUUGCAAACUAAAUUUGACGACCUUAAACACAGGAUUGAGGGAGGCUUUGAAAGGUACAGACAAUGUGAAGAUCUUGCUCAAAAAUUACUAGCUAACGAAAGUCCGUACAGUGCUGAAAUCGAAAACAGACAAGAUAAUUUAGAGCAGGCAUGGGAACAACUUCAAACACAAUUAACUUCAAGAGAAGAACGUUUAGAAGCAGCUGGACAAAUACACAGGUUCCACAGAGAUAUUGCAGAUGCUUUACAAAGAAUUCAAGAGAAAAACGCAGCACUUGGUACUGAUUUAGGACGCAAUCUUAACUCGGCUCUGACAUUGCUUAGAAAACAUGAAGCAUUUGAAAAUGAAUUGGUAGUUCUAGAAGCGCAACUUCAGAUACUAGUGGAAGAUGCGUCUAAACUAAAGAAGUUAUACCCGAACAAUAAAGUGAAUAUACAACACCAGCAAGAGGUUGUUGUAGCCGCUUGGAAUGAUCUAAAGGAACGCACUGAUCUUAGACGGGAUCAAUUACAAGCUAGUGUAGAUCUACAGAAGUUUUUGGCUCAAGUUAGAGAUUUGUCUAAUUGGGCCAAUGGGUUAAUAUUAGCCAUGAAUGCAGAAGAAAAUAUUAGAAGCGCCUCUAGAGUACAAGUGGUAAAAAGUGAACACGAGGCUCUUAAAAGUGAGAUCGAUGCCAGAGAAGAUGAUUUUCAAGAGGUUGCUGAAAAUUUGGCUGCUAUGGAACAAACAGGUCAUUAUGCAGCACCCGAGGCCGUAGAGAAAUAUAAACAUCUCAUUGGAGAAAGAGAUAAAUUGCUUACUACCUGGCAACUUAGAAAAAUUCAUCUGGAUCAAUUGUGUGACCUACUCGUAUUUUUAAGAGAGACAAAACUUAUUGAGGAUGCUACAAACACCCAAGAAGCCGCAUUGACACAUGUCGACAUUGGGGAAACCGUAGAUGAAGUCAGUAAUCAACUAAAGAAACAUGAAGAAUUUGAAAAAGUACUUCAGGUUCAAGAUAAAAAUCUCGAGGCUCUUUUCGCUUCUGGAAAUAAGUUACUACAACAAAAUCACUUUGAAAGUGAACAGAUUGCUCAAAGAUUAGCUGAUGUUCAAGCAAAACGCAAAAAAGUGCAUCAAUUAAGCGAAGCUAAGCGAAAGUAUCUCACAAAUGGUCUUCUUUAUGCUGAGUUUGUAAGAGACGUUGCUGAAACGCAAGUGUGGAUCAUAGAAAAAGAAAAGAAAUUAGGCACGAUGACAGCGAUGACAAAAUCGGAUGUUUCUGAUUUAGAAGACAAAAUUAAAGUCUUGCAGAAACACCAAGCUUUCCAAGCCGAAGUUGUAGCUAAUGCUGGACGAAUACAAGAAAUUAAAAAUAACGGAGAAACAUUAAUUCGUAAAAAUCAUAAAGCAUCCCAAGAUAUAGCUGACCAGCUGGCUGAUUUAGAGCAAGCGUGGAGGCGUCUCAAUGAAGAAGUUAGUUUGAAAGGCAAAGGUCUCGAAGAAGCACAAGACAUUCUUGAAUUCAACUCUCAACUCGACAAAAUCGAAUCGUGGAUUAGAGAUAAAGAGGUCCUGUUACAAGCUGGGGAUACCGGAAAAGAUUACGAACAUUGUCAAAUUUUACAACGUAAACUCGAUGAUGUAGAUAGUGAUAUGAAGAUCGACGAUACUAAAAUUAAAACAAUUACUGCUCUUUCUAACAAAUUAGCCGCACAAGGACAUAACCAUGUCCGAGAAAGAGGUGAUAAUCUAAUUAAAAAAUGGCAUUCUUUGCAAAAGGCUUUAAAUGAUUACAGAAACAAAUUAAACGAAGCUUCUGAAAUACACUUAUUCGACAGAGACAUUGCUGACACCUUGGAUCGAAUAGCAGAAAAAUGUUCAAUAAUGGAAUCGGAGGAAGUUGGCAGAAAUCUUCCUGCAGUAGAAGCCCUACAAAGAAAACAAGAAGCUCUCGAGAACGAAAUAUCGGCUAUAGAAAAUAAAAUCGUUAAUACGCAUCAGAAAGAUGCUUUCUACCUCAGCGAAAAAUAUCCAUAUUCCACCAAACAUUUGGAAGAUACUUUGCGCAAUUUAGAAGUGCAAAUGCAAAAACUAGAAGCAGCUAAAUUAAAACGCAGAGCCUUAUUACAAAAGGCGCAUUCCCAAGAAAAAUUCUUAGCCGACGCGAAACAAUUAGAGCAAUGGGUAUUAGAAACUAUUAAACGGAUGGAAUCACAAGAGAAACCCAAUAGUGUCGUCGAUGCUGAAGUCCAACUAGAGUUACACAACGAACUUAAAGCUGAAAUAGCGGGACGUGAUGAACCAUUUACUCAAUUAAUACAAUAUGGCAAAACUUGUCCUGAAAAGGAUAAUCCUAUAAUUGUAGAUAAUGUCAAGAAGCUUGAAGAACUACACACCAAAAUUCACAGAGCUUGGAUUGAUCAUAAAAACAAUUUGACUCAUUCAUUCGACGUACAAGAGUUUAAUGAACAAGUAAAUCAACUUAACAAUUGGCUGGCUGAUAAAGAAGCUUUCUUAAAUAACGAAGAUGUUGGUGAUACACCAAGAGCAGUUGAAGCUUUGUUGAGAAAACAUAACGACUUCGAACUUACGCUACAAACUUUGUUAGGAAGAGUGGAUGAAUUAAAAUCAGAAGCUAAAAGAAUAACAAAAGAUACUAGCAGAAAUAACGAAGAGGUGUUACUCAAGUUAGAAACGGUUUUAAAUCGUAACGAUAGGUUGCUAGCCAAGACAAAGCAACGUAAGGAUACCUUGGAGAAAUCUAAGGCUUUGCAAGACUUCUUAAGGAAUGUUAACGAUGUUGAGACAUGGUUGACUCAAAAACUUCAAACCGCAGCAGAUGAAAAUUACCGGGAACCUAUUAACUUACAAAACAAGAUCCAGAAGCAUGCUACAUUUGAAGCUGAAGUAAUUGCUAGUGGAGAACGAAUUCAGAAUGUUGUAGAAGUUGGUAAAGAUCUUAUUGCAGCUGAUCAUUAUGCUGCAGAUGAAAUCGGAAUAAGACUAGAUGAGCUAGAAAAUGACUGGAAACAUUUAUUAGAACUGUCUAAUCUUAAACGGGAUCGGUUAAAUGAAGCCUAUCAGGCAUUGUUGUUUAAUAGAUCGCUAGAAGAAUUUGAGACCUGGUUAACAGAUGUCGAACACCAACUGAAAAUUACUGGUACAGAUGAUUUUACUAGUGCAGGUAAUCACCUUAAACGACUUGCUACUUUAGAGAAUGAUAUCCAGCAACAUGCUGAAAACUGCGAAAUUAUUAAUGAAGGAGCUGAGCAGUUCAAAAAAGGUGGACACUUCUUAGCUGAUGAAAUCGAUGAAAAGGUUCAAAAAGCUAUCACAAGAUAUCACCAACUAAAAGAACCGUUACAAGUUAAAAAAGACCAGCUUGAAUUAUCUUCGAUGUUACAACAAUUUACUCGAGAUGUUGAUGAUGAGUUACAAUGGUUGGAUGAUAGAGAACCUCUUGUAGCUUCACAAGACCUUGGUAAUAAUUUAACAGCUGUUCAACACUUGCAUAAGAAGCACCAAAUUUUAGAAGGCGAACUAACUUCGAGAAGCGCUAUAAUUGAUGCACUUGUAGCGAGAGCUGAUCAACUAGUUAGAUCGAAACAUCCAUCUGAAACUAUUAUAAAAGAUAAAACCGAACAAUUAAACGUUAAGUUAGACCAAGUUAAGGAUUUGGCCAGUAUUAGAAGACUCAGACUUCAAGAUUCAUUGGAAGUACAAGCUUUCUACCAAGAUGUGUCUGAAGCCCAAGCUUGGAUUAUAGAAAAGAGACCACUUCUUGCAACCAAAGAAGUUGGUAAAGACGAAGAUACAGCAAAAUCAUUACAACGAAAGUUGGAGACUUUAUCUAUAGAAGUAAAAACUUUCCAAAAGUCGAUUCAAAGGAUAGUCGAUGCAGCGGAUUCAUUAAUCGCUAGAAGACAUUUUGAUGCAGCAAAUAUUGAGAAAGUCAAGGUGGAACUACAAAAGGACUUUGGCGAAUUAAGAAAACUUGUCUCAGAAAGAGAAGUUCGUUUAGCUGAAGCCUUGCAGUAUUUCGGCUUUGUACAUGAAUGUAAUGAAGUACAAGACUGGAUGAAAGAACAAAUGAACAAGGCCGAUUCGGAAGAAUAUGGUAAUGAUUUGGAACAUGUUGAGCUUCUGAUCCAAGCAUUUGAUACGUUCCAUGCAAGUCUUAUUAAUAGCGAACCACGCGUACAGCAGUGUAUAGAAAAUGGACAUUUUAUCAUAGAUGCAAAGAGCAGUUACAGUCCCGAUAUUCAACAAAAGAUUAUCGAAUUACAGAAUAAUUGGGAUGAUUUGUUGGAACUGGCAAAUGCUCGUAAAGAGGCAUUGGCUGGAGCUAAACAAGUGCAUCUGUUCGACCAAACUGCGGAUGAAAUAAUAUCAUGGAUUAGAGAAAAGGACAUUGAUGUUAUAUAUGGUGUUUAUGUUCCAGAUGUGGAGGUUAUUGAAGAUAUGAUGAGAAAACAUCAGGCUUUAGAAACUGAAAUGAAAGCGAUCAAAGACAAAGUUGAUUUUGUCGAACAAGAAGGCGACAGAUUAAUCGCUGAAUACCCAGACACCAAAGAACACAUUGACGAUAAACGAGAAGAUACAGUCAGUACUCUACAGGACUUACAAGACAAAGUUGAAAGACAGAAGUAUUUCUUACAACAAUCUGAACAGCUGCAGUCUUACUUCGAUGAGUACCACGAUUUAUUAGCGUGGAUAAACGAAAUGCUUGCCAAAAUUACCGCUCCCGAUUUACCUCAAGAUUGCAUCGAGGCAGAACUGUUGUUAGGCCGACAUAAAGAGUAUAGUACUGAAAUCGAUGGAAGGUUACCUGUAUUCCAACAAUUUUAUGAGACUGGUCAAACGUUUAUAAAAGAAGGUCAUAGUUUAUCUCAAGAAAUCGAAGACAAAAUUAAAAUACUUAAGCAGAAAAUUGAUUUGUUAGACAAUACUUGGAAAAAGAGAAAUCUUAUAUACGAACAAAAUUUGGACCUUCAACUUUUCAAGCGAGAUGCGAAUGUUUUGGAGAAUUGGAUGGCAGUGAGAGAAGGUACUCUUAAAGAUGGCAAAGUAGGCGAUACUAUCUCCCAAGUUGAGGAGUUUAUCCGCAAACAUCGAGAUUUUGAGGAAACUAUUAAAGCUCAGGACUCAAGGUUUAAUGCCUUAAAACGACAGACCCUCUUAGAAGACUCGUUUGCACAACAAAAACUUCAGGAAGCCAGAGCUAGAAAGGAGGAGAAAGAAAGAAUCGAACAAGAGAAAUUAGAGCAGAGGAAACUUAAAGAGAAGGCGAGAAUAAAUGAACUGAGACGACAGGAAUCGUUACCAAGAUAUAGUUUACCCGAAGAUGCAAGGCCAGUAAUAUCACAUGAGCAACUCGAAGCCCUUCAACAAUCUACCCAAUCACCUGCCGAAAAUAACAAUAUAUCUAUACGUAAAACUAAUUCAAUAGCCCACACGUUCGACAGAGAUAGAAUUAGAAGAGGAUCUGAUGUUUCUGUUAAACGAGCUGAGAGUAUGAAAGUAGGCAAUUUGGUCAAGCCUGUGAAGAGAACGCCGUCUUUCAAUACCAGAAGGCGAGGAUCUAUUCGAUCAAAGAAUGAAUUAGUGCUACCUCCUGUGGAAGCUGAAGCAUUCCUCGAAAGAAAACAACUCUUGCUUCCUGGACAAAAGCGUGCUACAAAUCGGGCAUGGAAACAUUCCUACACUGUUCUCUGUGGCCAAUUACUAUGCUUCUUUAAAACAAAGGAUGACUUUGUUGCGAGCAAAGCUAAUGCUGCACCAUUGAAUAUUCACAAUGCCACCUGCGGAAUAGCAGACGAUUACCAAAAACGAAAACAUACUUUCCGAUUGUCUAUUACAGAUGGAUCAGAAUUUUUGUUUGCGUCCAAUUCAGAAGUCGACAUGAUGGAUUGGAUCAAUAAAAUUACCUUCAGAGCGAAACUACCUCCGGCGAAUCAGUUACAGCAUUUUGAGAUUACGAAGGAUCCAAACGAUUUCGAGAUUAGUUCGCAGUCAAGUAGAACUUCGAGUCCAGAUGUACCCGACACAGUUGUCUUAAGACAAGAUCCUCAUGCUACGAACGGAAGUAUAUCUUCAUCGACAAACCAUCCGUACCGGCAUACCAUUGGAGGAAGUUCUUCUCCACCACCAAUUCCUCCGAGGAUGACAGAUGUCACGCUUGGAUAUGAAUCCAGACUUUAUACGUCAGACAGUAGUGGAAGUGUUAACGAAGGUUUCAAUAAUUCUACUCCAAGUCGAGGACAGGAAUGGAACUCCACUUCGAGGCCGUUAAGUUCUCCAGAUUCCAAAAAUGUUUCCCAUCGAAUAAGAGAUUUGUUCGUUCGAAAGAAGCGGAAUUCACAGAUGUAAUAAAAGUAUAUGUAGUUUAUUUUUAUAAGGGAGAACCUUGUCCAAACUGUACAUAUAUAAUACAUAUAUUUCUGUAAUGCCUAACCUUUGUUGACCAAAUCAUAUUAAAUCUUUUCAUGUUUUGAUGUAAUAAACAAGAAAAUAUAGAACAAAGUAUGUUUUGUAAAUUUUUAAUAAACUUUAAAUGUACAAUAAAGUUAGAAAAUGUGGUAAGGAACUACUAGGCUGUUCAAUAAGUUUUGAAGUUCGAUAAGAAAAACACAAUUUUAUGGUUUGAAAUACACUUUUUAUCUAGUAUAGUCUCCCUGAGCAUCAAUACACUUGUUUCAACAAGAUUCCAGUCUAUAAAUUCAUCCCUGAAGUGAGAAUUUGGAAGGGCUGCAAAAUAUGCUUCCGCGGCUAUUAUGACCUCUCAUCAUUUGAUGAAAGACUCUUUCGACUUAUCAAUUUUUAGGUAUAUAUACAGAUCGAAGUCGCUAGAGGCCAAAUCUAAUGAAUAGAGUGGACAAUCCAACAAUUCGAACUUUACAUCAUGGAUUUUAUCCAUUGCUAAAAUGCCCGUAUGACACGAUGCAUUGUCCUGAUUAAAAAAAAAAAGAAUGUGUGUGUACUUUUUACGCACGUAAGACCUUAUACUUAUAUUAUAUGAUUCCAACGAAAUUAAUAUAUGUACUUUAAACAGUUUAUUUAUAUUUUAUUUAAAUAUUAAACUAAUUUGAAUACUUACUACUUUCCAAACAUUUUUAUUAAAACAAUAGAUACCAAAAAUUAAAAAAAUAAAAGAAUAAAACACACACAAACACAUUGAAAAAUGCACCAAAGAGACGAUUUCUGAACAAUAAUUGUUGGCAAAAAUUUUAACUAAAUAAGCAUUUUCUGAAAAAAAUUAUAUAACAAAUAUAAUUCACAAUCAUAAAAUGUAUAAAAAAAAAUAAAAAAAUAAAAACUUGCAUUGGGAUUCGAACCCGCGUGCUUAGACAUAAAAUCCACUUACACACAGCCGUCACCCGUCUUGACCACUUACACGUACUUGUCAUGUGGGAAGGUAGGCUAACUGAACCUUUUACUGUUUGACAGUUCUGAAUUUAAUCAAAUUAGUUUGAUUUUUGUGUGUGUGUGUGUUCACAAAGGGAAUUCAAAUAUUAAAAAACAACAAAACAUAGAGUAAGAAAACAAUAGGUAUAUUAGAUGAAGAGUGGUAGAAAUUUUGUUGGUAAUCAAAUUAUGUAAAUCAAAGCAUUACCUACUAUAAAUAGAUAGGUACAUACAUUUUCCAAAUAGGUAAGUACCUACCUAUGUAAUUUUUUAUUACAAUACUGAAACAUUUACAAUUAAGUACGUACCUGUUGCUUUUAAAAACUAUUUAAAAAGUUACUACAAUUAUAAACUUGCUUUUGUCUGUGUCCUCACAACAAUAAAAACUAAUAUACAAUAUUUGUUUAUCCAUAACCUCUAUAUUGAACAAUUAUUGUCAUGUCAUUUGAACACCCAAUCAGAGCAAAGGUAUAAUGCAUCUGUGCCGGGGAACAAAGUUUUUGAUGAAUUCGCGCAUAUUAAAUUACACUCCCAUCGCUCCUAAAGAAGUAUAACUUCAAUAAUUUUUUUUCUUCUGCAAACCGGUUAUUUUUUCACAAAUGUUUCCUUUAGUUGGUCUAAAAGGUUACAAUGAUAUAGAAUUUAUUGUUUUGCCAGUUUGCAGGUAAUCCACAAACAAAAUUUCUCCCGUAUCCCAAAGAACUGAUGCUAACACCUUCUUGGUCGAUUUAUGGGCACCAACUCGUUUUGAAGCCGAAGAACCAGGUUCACACCACUCUUUAGCUUCUUGUUUUAAUUCAAGAUGAUGGUGAUAGACCCAAGUCUCGUUCAUAGUGAUGAAGCGAUGCACAAAAUCUACUUUAUUAAUUCGAAAAUGCUCUAAACUUUACUGAGAAAGUCGCAUUCGAAUGUGUUUUUGUUCUGUUGUUAGCGAAUGCGGCACCCAUUGUUUAGUUAGACGGUCCAACGAGAUCACUAGGCUCUCUUUCAGUCACUCGACGAUUUUCCAAUACCAUAUCCUGUAUUUUUUCUACGAUUUCUGGUGUUAUUGCUGUUUUUGGAUGUCCUUGACUUAGAUCGAAUUCAAGGCUUGUAUGACCACGUUUAAAUUCAGCAACCCAUCUUUCUACUGUGCUAACUGAAGGCGAAGAGUCCUCAUACACUUUCAACAUUCGUUCAUAAAAUUUCUUUUCCUUUUAAACCUUCCAAAAAUAAAAAUGUAAUCACUGCACGCUUCUUGAUUGUUUCUAUUGUAAAAAAUACUGUGACACGUCAAUACUCAAUGACUUGUAGACAAAAAAUGAAUUCACAGAUUACACUGAAAUUUCACACAAGUUCAUAUGAAGAGUCUACCAACAUAAUAAAAUAAAAUUAGGUUGGUAACAAUGCCCUCUCUUACCGAAGCGCAAAACUUAUUGAACAGCCUAGUAAUAAAAUACACCAAAAACCAAGGAACAUAAUUUCUUACUUCCAUUGGUGUGAUUUUAUUAAUAUUUUGUAUGCAAUAAUUUUCACUUGGUCAACUUUCCUAAAAAAAGAAACAGUACCUUUGGACGUUGCGCAAUUUGUUGUCCAAUAAAAACUUUUUUAAAUAGGUAUUCAUAUUAUUAAUUAUUUGAUUCUAGGUCCUCCACAAGCGGUAGCUAUGUUUUUCACAUAUAUUGCGCUGCAAAUUAAAUAAUGUCUAUAUUUAAUUAGUUAUAUUUAUAACGUUUUUUUUUUAUUUUAUAAAAAGCUACCAGAUCGAUCAAAUUUAAACAUGACUAAAUUGGUUAGUUAGUAGUUUGUUAGUUUAUUGUUAAUAGUAAGAUUUUUACCAUAAAGAUAUAUUCAUAAAUAUGUAUUAUUAAGUUAUGCGGUUGUGCUUUGUAUUAGUACUUUGUUCUUUAUAUUUUUGUUUAAAUAAUGUUUAUUUUAUGUUUUAUAUUUUACGAUUAUACAUAAUUCUUUUAUUGUAUUGAAAUAAAGUUUUACCUAUCUUUUU